AUGGACAACACUAUGCUUGGUAUUAAUGCUGCUAGAAAUCUGCACUUGUUUGACAAUGGUUUUCUUCAAAUGAUCAAAAAACCACCUACAACUAUGGUUGACCCCAAUGGCAAUAUCAUUGAUGAUCCUAUACUGACCAACCUGCCAUGUGAUUCAUCCUCUGGCAAUACCAACCAAACUGCCCCAAAUCCUGUACCUUUUGAUGCUGAACUCAUGGGAUUAUUGGGUAACAGGAAAGCACUCACAUUCAUUGAAUGCAUGUGCAACACAUUUGAGAGCCAAACUGAGGAUCUUUGGGGGCAAUGGGAAGAAGCCACCAAAAAGCUCAUGCAGGAGAACAUCCAUGCAAGGUCCCCAACAAUACAGUAUUGUGAAAAGGGCAAGUUCAUGAAAUGCAAAGAUGUUAUAAUCAAGCAAAUGGACUAUGGCAUUUGGGAUGCAGAGGUUGUGUUGAUGAACCAAAAGGGAUGGAAUUUGUCAGACAAUAUGGCUUGCCUGCUCAAGUACAGACUGUCAGCCAUCACAAAGAUGCAUAUGCUAUGGUUCAACACCCCCUCAUUACUAUUGCUUCAUUUAAUGCAGAUGGGGGCACUGAAAGACUGCAAAGUGUUAUAA